AUGGCUGCAGUGGAGUCGGUCCCAACUGAGGAAGAUCAGAAGGGGAGAGUGUGUCCUUCAGAAGAGGGUGGUGUGUUAAAUCAAACCUCAGCCCCCAUUGAUUUUUCUGAACUCACCUCAAGUCAGUUUGGCAUCUCUAUCCAGAGUUUUACMCCAGCACCAUCAUCACCACAUAAAGAUAAGACCCGUCUUGCACAACUUAAGGCAAGGCGAAGAUCCACCGUUGGUGUCCGGGGCUCCCCAGAAACGAAUUCCCUCAUUCGUUUCAUAGCGCAGCAGAGGAGGAUGAAGACCCCACCUCAAACUCCAGAGCUUGUCAGAAGUAGCCCCUUCUUUCCCCGUGUCGCCUCCACGCUGAAGCAGAAGAUGGCCUCCUUCCAGAACCUGAUGGAUGUGGCGGAGAGUGAUGCCUGUGAUCCAGUGCCAGUGCAGGACGGCAACACUGGAGGAUGCAUCAUGACAAGAGAUUAUCUGUCUGAUGAGAUCAGCUGUAGUGAAGGGAAGGAAAACAACCCUCCAACAACGCCCACACCCUGCAAGAAGAGGCGCCUGGGCCCCCCUGAAGGCUGCAGCAUUGAGAUUAGAGAGGUGGACGCUCCUGCCCCUCUCUGCAGUCUGAAGAAGCAGGAGGAUGCUGUUAGUCGACACCAAAGCCCCGACCCACCAGACUCUGGUGGUCCUGCAGCUGCUUCCGCUCCCCUGCACGUCUCCCCCGUCUCUUCUCUUCUGGAGAUAAAACCUUCAGAAGAAGAUGACUUCACCAGGACAUCUGCAGUGAAGAAAAAGAAGAAGGUUCACUUCGGAGGGCCUUUAUCUCCGGAGUUCUUUGAUAAGAACUUACCGGCCGACACUCCGUUACAUAAGGGGGGCACCCCAGCACAAGCAGCCACUCCUGGUGGGAGCUUACAGCUGCGCUCGUUGCUGAAGACGGCACAGAGCAGCGAAUCUAACGAGCCGCAAUAUCAACCCGAACCCUUCAGCCCCACUGGGUUUGGCGCCUCCCCUACUCUUUUGAUGCCCCGCAAGCUCAGAAGGUUGUCUGAAGAAGGAGACGAUGAGGACAGAAAGAUUGUUUUCCCUGCUAUGGAGGAGUUUGACUCUGCCAUGAUGAGUGAUUCAGUGUGUGCACCGGAUGUCCAGCUGUUAACUUUAAACAYGGCUUCUCAGGAUGAGCCUCUUUCUGAGGUUCUGACAGAGUUUGACACCACAUCCAGUCACAGUUCUCACAUGGACGAGUGUAAAUCUGUGUCAGAGGAGGAUCGGUCUGAAGCAGAUGAUAAAAGUCCAACUCCGGCUCGAUCCAGCAGCAGAAGGAGAAAGAGCAAACAGGAACGUAAAACUGAGCCUGGAGGGUGCUCCCGCAACAGAAAGAGAAAGCAGUGGGACGAGCAGGAGCCUGUGAAGAGGUCGAUGCGCUCUGCAGCCAAGUCAGCCUGCGGGAAGAUGAAGAAGGCCUGCUCAGCAGCCCGUCGCUGGGACAAAGAUGUAGACCGCUCCUUGUAYGGCUCACGGCAGUACCUCUCCAAGAGCCCGGGUCUGACUCCCAUCAGAGAGAGGCUGUCCCACGGCAGCCAGGUGCCAGCAGCACAGCAGACUCCUGCUCCAAAUCAARAGACCCUCAUCAUCCCUGAUGUGGCAAAUAACACUCCAGCAAACAAUUUUGUUGUGAUAAAAGCCACGGAAAACACUUUGCAGGAUUCUUUCCCUACUCCCAUAUCUGGUAAAAAUGACAGGAGUCUGAGCUCAGCAGUCAGAAGAGGACAGAGGAAGGUCAGUGUGGUCAGCCAGGAGUCUCAGGAUCAGGCAGGAGGAAAGACAGAGCAGCUUUCUGAACAACAAUCAUCAUGUGGCCUUGAGGCUUCAGCAGGAACUCCAUCACAGCCCAGUGACACUCUACAGAGUGAUGUCGAUGCAGAGGAACUUGAUGCACAGAUUCCUGCAGCUGUUUCCUGCGCUGAUACAGGAACAGCAGAUCAAACAAGUCCUGCACCUUCAGCUAAAACACCCGGCAAAACAAAGCUAAAGCAGAAGAGAGGCAAACGAGGCAGAGGAAGCUCAACCUUACAGGAACCACAGAAGUACCCAGAGGMGCACCAGGAGGAGGUCAGUGAUGCUCCACAGAUUGAUGGUGACACAGAGGAACUUGAUGCACAGAUUCCUGCAGCAGCUUCCUGCGCUGAUACAGGAACAGCAGAUCAAACAGGUCCUCCUGUAACUUCAGCUAAAACACCUGGAAAAACAAAGCUAAAGCAGAGAAGAGGCAGAAGGAGCUCAAACCUACAGAAGCCACAGAAGUACCCAGAGGAGCACCAGGAGGAAAACAGACCAAGAGAGCAAGCUGAGAGUCAGCUUGAGAACCAGCCAAGCUCCGACAGCCAGGAGAAGGGGUGGGGGUCCUGUGUAGACCACACCCCAUGGCAGGCCGACUUUAACGUUGAGGACGUUUUCAAACGUGCUUCCAGAAGAGGACAGAGCUCGGUUCGUCGCAGCCUGAGGAACCAGCACGGUGACGGCGCAUCAGGACUGGCCUGGCUGCCCCACACCUCCCCCGACUCCAUGAAGGAGGUUCGCAGGAAGACCCGCCAACGCCGGCUCAGUGGCGUUCUGCCUGUCCCCGCCCUCCACUUCCUGAGGAAACACAAGCCAACUCUCUGAACGAACUGACUCACGGGAGAUAAUUAAUCGUUUCUUACAUCCUUGAGCUGUUUUCCUGUUCGGAUUUUAUUUCCAAAGACAUUGAUUAUUUUCCAUCAAUGCAUUUGUUCCCUGUGAAAUAUUAGAGCUGACCACUAAUUUCUAACAGUUUCCCUCUGGUAACCAAGCUAGUCAAUACACUGAGAGGCCAAUCAUCUCUGCUGACCACCUCCUGGUCAAUAUCACCCACUCAGCUUGUAAUCACAGUCCAUCUUCAGCACCCCCCUCCAAAGUCAUCAGAUCAAGCAGCUGGAAAUCAAUAUCUGCUCUGUACCUCUUAAUUCACAUAAGCAGCUGUUUAUUUAUGGUAUCUGGGUUGCUUCAGUUACGUGUCUGUGUGUGAUUUAAACACUUGUUUUAUUCGAGCAGUAACAAAAUGUGGAACUGUACGUAGUUUAUUUGAGUCGAAGCUUUGUGACUUCAGGAUGGGUUUGUUUAAUCUGCUGAGUUAGAUUCAUUUAGAGGGAAUUUAUCCAAACAAUAAAACAGCUAAUGUGUGUGAGUUUGACGUUCCAGCUUUGGUUCAAGUGUUUUCUUUUCCUCCUCCUCUCUCACACAAGUCCUGGACCUCCUGCUCUUAAACGGAUUAACUGCUGUGUAAAUGACUGCUCUGAUUUACAUUUUGAAAUCAGCCAAAUGACUUCAAGUAAAUUGACCCGCGGCCUUGCAUUCCACCAGUUAUAGAUUCAAAUCAGCUGCUCUUUUACUUUUCAUAUUCAUCUAUCAGAGARGAACAGAGAGAGCAGUAACAAAUUGAGUUUCAAAUUCAGUUCACAUCAGAAGAUUGGCUUCCCGAAUGAUGCAUGGCUGUAAUCUAUCCAUCACUGGGUAAAUGACUACCUCCCUUUACAUCAAGCCAGUCACUUGGCAGAAGGACGCUGGAGGUUUCUGUCUCUCUCUUUCCUGUCUGUGCCAAGGUCUUUUUCUGUGUCCCCACUGGAAGACAAAUGGACRGACUCAGAGGCUGUAAUGUGUUUAGAUGCAGUGGGGCCACACUGCCACCAUGUGGCAGCUUUGGAAAGUUGCAUCCAACUGGAUCAACGAAAACAGAAGUCAGAUGAGCGGGUCUUAACAGAAGAGGAAGUGUAGAGUUCCAUUUUGACUUUGAGGAAGUAACUCAGAGUUUUCAUUUGAUUUUUUUUUCUUUAAAAGUGAGUUCUGUGUUGCACUCUGAAUCAGACUUGUUCUUGUUUGCAAACUGAAUUCUGACUCAGCAUUUAUGCUACAAUCAUCCUGUUCUUUGCCCUUUUUUACAUGAAACUACUCCUGUAUACUUUGUGCUAUUUUAAUAAUUCAUAUGUAAAAAUGUUCAGAAUAUCUCAUGAUGCUUGGGUUUUAUCUUUUUUUUUAACUUGUCAAUUUUAUUUCUCAAAAAAAAUAAAUCUCAGAGAAAAUCAUUGUCUUUGAAGUUCACUUCAGCAYAUUUGUUCUAUUUUUGUCAUCUUAGGCCAACACCUGGCCUAUUUUAGCUACUUGUAACUAGUUUGCUAUGUUUUUAUUUUGUCAUUAGUUUUUAGUUUGCCUUUAGUGAACGUUUAGCUUUUUUUUAAGAUAAUUUCUACUUUUACAGCAAGUGUUGUGCUCCUGUUAGCUUGUACUUUGCUUAUUGUUUUGUGUGAUGCAGUUUGGCCAACAACAGAAUUUAAAUAAAUCUAUUCAAUUGGA